GAACCAUAUUUCGCCGACCCACUACCACCAGUUUACGGUACUAAAUCGUGCUUUACAGCCCUGGUUUUUGUCCUAAUUGACGAUAUGUCUUCUUCGAAAGCUCUUGACAGUAUUAUUCAACAGUCUGGAAAUAAGAAAUGUUUCGAUUGUGGUACUCCUAAUCCGCAAUGGGCUUCAGCAAAUUUGGGUAUCUUUAUUUGCCUUGAUUGCAGUGGUCAACACCGUGGUUUGGGUGUUGAAAAGAGUUUUGUUCGUAGCGUUACCAUGGAUAAUUGGACGGAGCGUCAGAUCAAAUGCGUCGAGCUGGGAGGAAAUGAUGCUGCUCGUAAGUUUUUGAACGACUAUCCCGAGUUUGUAAACGCCAAGUCGAUUAAGGAAAAGUACAACACGGAGGCUGCAGAAGACUACCGCGAGAAGCUGGCUGCACUUGUAGAUGGUAAGGAAUGGUCCAAGGAAGAAAGUCGUCGUGCCCGCGCUGCGAAGCAAUCAAGCAUGAAUACCUCGGCAACUUCCUCCUCGGAUUCUAAUGAAACAACCUUUCUUUCUAAGGAGGAAACCGAACGAUACUUUGCUCAUUUGGGAUCCAUCAAUGCCAACCGACCCGAUCAUCUUCCUCCUUCUCAAGGCGGAAAGUUCACUGGCUUCGGCAACACGGCACCCGCUGCUUCCAACGAAGGUCAAGGAUUUUUGGACACCUGGAAGUCGGACCCAUUGGCUGCUCUUAACAAGGGUUGGUCUGUAUUCUCCUCCUCCGUCGCAACACAGGCAAAGUCUGUCAAAGACAACUACAUUCAGCCCGGUUUGCAAAAGGUACAAAGUCCCGAGUUUAGAGAUGAGACCGUGAAUGCCAUUCACACGUUUACCAACAAACUGGAAACCUCCACUAAGACCACGUUCAGUCGUAUUCGCUCUCUCUGGGGAAACAACUCGACCACUCAAGCAACUGAGAACAAGCAAGAAUCCAAGCCUGCCACUCCUCAAAACGCUCACAAGAUGGAUUAGUGUGCCCCGAGCCUAGAGACAGUUCGCACUGUUCUCGCCCAGCUAAAUAGCAUCUACACAUAUACCCCCUAUCCGCUUAUCCAUAGAUGGACAAUUCUUUUGUGUUACGCAUACAAACAAAUCUACACCAACGUGAAACAUACAUUUUAGUCUAUAAAAAGCGUCGUACUGUCAUCACUAAUGUUGAGGCUCGGCAUCGCCGGCCGCUGGCAUGUAGGGAUAAUAGUACUGAGACGAGUCGUAGUAAUAAAGCAUUCCCGGUGCACCUACCAUCGCAGGGGGCAUGGGGGCUGAUGAGUUUUCAGAAGCAUACGGAGUGGCAGCAGCCGCUGCUGCUGAUGCAUCUC